GCGGCCGCGAUGGCGGCGCCGGGGGUGUCCAAGGCCGAGUACCUGCAGCGGUACCUGAGCGGCCCCGCCGCGCCCGCCCAGCCCCGCCGCCGCCGCAAGAAGAGACCGCCGGGCGGCACCGGCAGAGCCGGGAUGCGGAUCGUGGAUGACGACGUGAGCUGGAACAGCAUCGCCGCCGCCCCGCAGAAGGAGGAGGAGGAGGACGACGAAGCGGACAUGCCUGUGGUGGCAGAGUUCAUUGAUGAACGUCCUGAUGAGGUGAAGCUCAUGGAGGAAUUCCGAACAAACUCCAAGUGGAAGCUUUUGGGAGGUGACCAGAACGAAGAUUCCCAGAGUUCAGAUGUUUCGGGACCUGCCAAGUCUGCCACGAGGUGGCAACGCCACGACUCCCCGGACCCUUUGCCACCGAGGGGGGAACACAACGGCUCCCUGGACCCCUCUGCCCCCAGGCGUCGCCGCCACGACACCCCGGAGCUGUCGCCUCCCAGGAAGCAGUGUCACGACACCCCUGAUCCAUCCCCUCGGAGAGACAAGCCCGGCUCACCCAGUCUGAGGAAGAGCCGAACAAAAGGACGGAGCUCUCCAGCUGGGAAGGGCCAGCAUAGGUCACGGAGUCCCCUGGACCACUCCCCACACCGCCAGGACACCAGGGGAUCUCCCAGGAAGGCAAACACGAUGUCAUCUGGGGUCAGAGCUGGCUUGGUGUCAGCAGAGGUGCUGCAGAAGGAGAAGCAGGAGCUCCAGAAGCCAGACAAAAGCAUGAAGCACCUGGAAGAGGAAUCCCGGAAUGCCAAGACGGUGUUCCGAGACAAGUCCGGGCGCAAGAGGAACCUGGCACAGGAGCAGCUGGAGCAGAGGCUGAAGGCUGAAGCAGAGGCCAAGAGAGAAGAGCAAUAUGCCAAGUGGGGAAAAGGGCUGGCACAGGAGAGGCAGCAGCAGCAGAACGUGGAAGAUGCCAUCAAAGAGAUGCAGAAGCCCUUGGCCCGUUACAUCGAUGACCAGGAUCUGGAUCGAAUGCUGAGGGAGCAAGAGAGGGAAGGAGACCCCAUGGCUGCCCUCAUCAAAAAAAGGAAGGCCAAGGAGAACAAGGAGAAAGAAAAACCCAGGUACAAGGGACCAGCACCUCCACUCAACAGGUUUAACAUCUGGCCCGGGCAUCGCUGGGACGGUGUGGACAGGUCCAACGGGUUCGAGCAGCAGCGCUUUGCCCGGAUUGCCAACAAGAAGGCAGUGCAGGAACUCGCCUACAAGUGGAGUGUUGAGGACAUGUAGGUGAGACAAGAACUGUGCAGAGCUCCUGGAGUGAUCCCCUGGACAUCACCUGCUGCCAAAGCUGUGAGGAAUGGCCUGCUCUCCCUGGAACAAGCCCUGUCCUUGGCAUCCAGUAUCCCAGGGGACCAUCUUCCAAGAGGCAAGGCUGGAUUCCCUGUCAACCAGGGACAAGCUCAGAGACUUGCAGGGGCCACUGCCUGCAGGAGCCCCCAGGUUUCUGUGGAAGACACUGGUUUCUGGUCCCUUUAGAUGUCUUCUAACAAACUCUUUUGUUCUAUGCCAAAUGGUUUGACCUCUGAGGGUGGUUCCCAAGCCUCAGGUGUCCUAAAUCUCAGGUGAAAAUAUGCUGAACAUUUGGUCACGAGGGAGUUACACUCAUGCAGUAGGUUGGUCUGGUCCAGAACUCACAUUAAGUUUAGCUUCUGAACUUCUGCUGAGUUUGUGUAGUUAUCAUGCCUUGUAGAUCCCAGAGUCACCAAAGUGCAGUGAAGUUCAAACUCAGCUUCUCUUGGUCCUGUCCAAGCAGGAAAGUGAGCAGGGAAUGCUCUGGCACUAGAAGAGCGACCUGCAUUGGGCAGCAGGAUCUUCUGGAGUGCCAGCAACUCUUUGGGGGGGUCCAUUUCUUGUGGAAGUAAAAGUAUGGAGAGUGGUUAAAUUGCCUCCCUUAUAUUUUGGAGCAGCUGGUUCCCCCAGACCCUUCUGGACAGUGCUGAUCUCAGCACUUCCCCCACGCUGCUGCCUGGGGCUCUGGUGUGAAGUGCAACAACCCCUCCCCUGUGAUCAGAUUUGUCAGUCUCAGAGCUGGAGGCCGGGCAGAGCUUCCCUUAAUCCCUGCGUGCCAGAAAGCACUCGUGGAAAUAAAUACAGUUGUUCUUGUUGAGGUGCUGGGGAGCAGGGAUGGAAUGCAGGCAGCAGUUUCCAUGGAGAUGCCUUGGCUGCAGCAGUGGGCAGGGGCAGGGCAGGACUGCUUCUCCAGCGUUAGGAGGGCUGUGGGUGGGAGAGAUAAUGGCAAAAUCUGCCCUGGAAUGCCAGACUCUUGGGACUUCCCAGUUUUUUAUCCCUGUGUAACGUUUCUAGCAGUCCUGGAAUUGGUGUGUACACCUGUAAAUAACACCUUUCUUUUUUUACGUGA